AUAUUUAGCUGUAAGCCUAGUUAAUCAUGCAAUUUCAUCAGUGACAAUUGUUCUGAAUUUUGAUGAUGCAACAUUUUUGUGAUUUAAAUAGAAAUAAAAUUUGUUUCUUUAAACGUACUAAUCUCCCGGAUCAAGUUUCCAUUUCCAUUUAUCUGUCUUUAUUGUUUGAUACCUAGAGAUCAUUAAGAGUUUCGCAAUCACUCUAUUUUUUUACAUGGUAAGGAAGGAAGGUUGUGGCAUGCCCAUGACACUUAAUUCUUCCCGUGACAUUUGAUUUUGCUAAAUUUCAAAACACCCGGCUCUUAACAUGGCUAUGAGGGACUUGAUUGAAGCUGAUUGUGGGCUAACCAACCCUCUCUUGAAGGUUGCCGGCCACUUUACCCAAGAUAAGAGUCAACAGGCUGUUCAAUCUUCUCGGGGUUCUGCAUCAGAUCAAUUGGUCAAGGAAUUUCUUUUGGACACCAAUCAAGCCGAAAGACAUGCUCCUGAAACUUUCAAUAUGCAGAGUUUAUUGCAUCAAAUGUCUGAAAUUGAUGCUUUAUACUACCAGCCUCCUGAAGGUAAUAAAGAAUUCAAGCAUGAAAGUUCUGAGGAAAAUGUCUGGGUUGAAGCUUACUUGGAUUCUCAUGAUCUUGCUUAUGAAAAUAAUCGACUAAAUUCUCUUGAUUCUUUGGAUAAUUCUUGGGCAGAUGAGUAUUUAAUUACAUCUGAACAAGAUAUACAAAAUCAGCGUACUUUAGGUAAUGAUUGGGCUGAAAACUUUAAAACUGAACAGUGUGCUGAAAAUAAGAAUUGUCAAGAAAUUGCUACUGAUCUUGUUGCUUCUGUAAAUGAUCCUAAUUUGAAGGAAUCUAAAUUUAUGAAAUUUAUACAAAAAGUCAGUGAUGGGGAGGUGGAGGUAGAAAAUAUUGAUAGAGACAAGCAUGUUGUUGCAGACAUUUGGAGCUCAGAUUUUGCAUCUGCUUGGCCUCACCCUGUUGAAAAUUUAGAGGAAGCUUGGGAAACAACUGCCCAAGAAAAUAAGCCCGUUGAAAGUUUAGAGGAAGCUUGGGAAACGUCUGCCCAGGAAAGUAAAGAUUUCAAAACAUUUGUUCGAACUGAGGAUGAAAGGGAAGAAGAAGAAAAAUGUGAUGCUGAUUUUUGGGACAAUCUUCAAAGGGAAUGGGAACAAUUGGCUAAAGAUGAAGUUGAACAUCCUUGGUUAUCUGAUUAUGAAGGUGUUGAUCCUUAUAAAGUGUAUCCAUUUUCAGAAGAAAAUCCCUACAAUGAUCACAGUUCUCCUUUUGAGGAAGGUCUUCAAAUGCUCAGAUGUGGGGAUUUGCCAAGUGCUGUUUUGUUAUUUGAGGCAGCCGUACAGAAAGAACCAAAUCACAUGGAAGCAUGGCAAUAUUUAGGUACAAGUCAAGCUAAAAAUGAACAAGAUCGCUUAGCAAUAUCUGCUUCCAAAAAGUGCUUGGAAUUAGACCCAGAUAAUUUAACUGCUCUUAUGUCUUUGGCUGUUAGUUAUACAAAUGAAUCUUUACCUAUUCAGGCCUGUGAAACUCUGGUAAAGUGGCUACAUAAAAAUCCAAAAUACACACAUUUAGUACCUCAAAAUAUGAUAGACGAUACUUCUACUGUUAUUACAUCACUGCUCCCAGGGGAUAAACACAAAGCAACUCAAGAUAUGUUUAUUGAAGCUGCUCGAAUGAAUCCUAGUGAUCCUGAUCCAGAUGUACAAAAUGGUCUUGGAGUUCUUUUCAAUUUAUCUGGGGAGUAUGAAAAAGCUAUUGAUUGCUUUAAAGCUGCUCUACAAGUAAAACCAGAAGAUAGUUUGCUGUGGAACAGGUUAGGUGCAACUUUAGCCAAUAGCAAUAGAUCUGGAGAGGCUUUUGAAGCUUAUUAUCGUGCCCUUGAAUUAUAUCCAGGGCUUAUUCGUUCACGUUUUAACUUAGGAGUAAGCUGCAUUAAUCUUAAUGCUGUGAAGGAAGCUGUUGAGCAUUUUCUAUUAGCACUAAAUUUGCAGAAUGCUGGCAGAGGUCCCCAAGGUUUAAAAUCUAAGGCCGCUAUGUCCAGCAGUAUUUGGUCUACCCUUCGGACUGCAAUAACUCUAUUAAAAAGGCCAGAUUUAUAUCCUGCUGUUGAUAGAAAAGAUCUUGAUUUGCUCAAUAAAGAAUUUGGUAUGGAGGUUUAAUUAAAUUAUAUGAACUCGGCUAUUUACUGUAGUUUAUUCAUCAUAUAGGCUAUUCAAUAUUUGAAUAUCUUAGUAUAUAAAGUUAUAUUUACGAAACAUUAUUCAUAACCUUAUUUGUUUUACAAUAAAUAGCUCUCCAAAGAAACUUCAUAACUAAUAAUGUCUUCUCUGUCUGAUAAUAACAGAUUUUUUGUCAUACUUUUGUCCUAUGAUAUUAAUAUUAUGAACUUCCUGUAAAAUUUCUUGAUUUAAGUAAUAAAUUUUCAUUGUUUUUUUUUUAAAAAAAUAUUUGUGUGUUAUUUGCUUUGAUGUGUUUGUGUGUGAAAACUUCAUAUUAAUAUAUUAUUUCUCUAUUUAGUAUAAUACUAAACCUAAUUGUUUCUUGGCUUAUAUGUUGUAAUGCAUUGUUUCUAAAUAAAGUUUAUUAAUUUGUUAUA